UAGUGGCUGCAGAUCUCAUUACAAGAAGUUUAACAAAUUAAGAGCAAAAAUCUACUGAAGCUAAUUUUAGGCGCAUAAUUAUCGUGAUUCAGCUGAAUCAUUGUCAGACGCUUGGCGUACGGUAUGCUCUGAAGUGCGGCGAACAACUAUAGCCGGCGUCUUUGCAAGCAGUGCUGUCGCUGCUUUAAUGCUUGCAUGGCCAUUUGAGCCUGGCUAUUCGGAACGUAGCGAUAGGCUUGCCAACAUAGCAAAACGCGAAGUUCAAACGUUUUCGGCUGAUACAAGAAACGAAAUAGCACUUUUGACGACUCAAUUAUUAGUCCUUAUUGACUGUUCACGCCCACCGCCGAUACUACCAAGUAAAAUCAAAUCAGAGUCAUCCAAAUGUCGUUCUCAUAAUUGCUGUAGUUGCAUCAACGACGUAAAGUUGUGA